AUGGCCUUAGAUUCACCAUAUCAGUUUAUGGCACGGGGACACAUAGCAACUUCUCUUCAGACACUAUAUAAGACUCGCUCCUCGAACAUUGUUGCCGCUCGUGACCUCUAUCGGAUUUAUGUCGCCAGCUCUUUUGAGUCAUCUCGUGCAAACCAAUCCCCCAGACGCGUUAUCAUCUCAAUCACAAUAAUGCUCAUCCAGGUCCUGAUGAUCCCCCCUGAACUACUAACAGGUCACCUCUUGAACAGCAAUGCGACUGAGAAUGUUGUCCGCAUGACGAUGGUUUUCUCCAGCUGCUUUGCGCUCAGUGCGAUUUCUGUUGUCUAUAGCUCGAUCGACCAUAACCAACUCCUUGGCCAUCCUGAUCGUGUCAUUCUGCAUUCAAUUCAUGCUCUCAGUCGUCUUUUCCGCGGUGGCUACGGUGUACGCUGUCGAGGUGCUUCCGUACCAUUGUCGAGGUAUGGAGCUCUAUCCGAUGCUGCACUCGGGGAUUGUUUACUGGACGCAAAGUUUUCGAAUCCAAAUGGCUAUGUCAGAGAUUUGGCCAGUUUCCUUGUAUCAUGCCGAGCGGUGCAAAGAUACACUGUUCCAGUGGCCUUUGUGGUGUUGUAUUUUUUCAUGCGGGAGACCGCCAAAAUCCCACUGGAGGAUAUGGGGAGGGUCUUCGAGGCGCGAAAUCGGGAUCUCGUAUUGUAUCAGGUGGUUCUUGAGCCGUUUGAAGAAUCAAGGUAUGGUAAUCGUACCGGUGCAAUUGCUUUGGAUUGA